CGAAUUAAAUUUCAAUAGUGAAAACUGGAUAUAAUAAUUUUCAUUUAAAACAUGAAAAUUAAACUAUAAUCCUCAUAGAAUAACAAUAAAGAAGAUAAUGCAAGCCAAAAAAAACUCAACCGGAAAAAGGUCACAGACAAAAAUCAACGUUUAGUGAAAACAAAAACAACAAAUUUAUAAAUAAAAGAUUAUAUAGAUAAAAUAAUUUUGUGUAUAAAUCAAAGCAGUGGCGCUACUUGUAGGCGAGAAAAGUGAAGUGAAAAGAAAAAAUACAAAAUAAUAAGAAAAUCAUACGAGUUCAUUAAACGGUUGAUCUCUAGAGCAGCCCCAUAUCCAAACUAACCUAAAAAUAAGUGGAAAUUUGUGUCUUUUUGAGAAAAAAAUGUAGGAAUUGGUGAUAAGAAGCUGACAAAUUAUAAUCAAAUUACUGAAUAAGUACAGUUCUUAAAGGCAUUUUCGGGGACAGAUUUAAUAAUCUGAGAACAUGUUGGGUGGCUUAGUACCGAUGAGAUGGUCCGAUUUGCGUAUUUUUCCCGCACGUAUGUCCACCACACAAAAGGUGGUCAUAAUGUCAAUUGCGGCUGGUGUGGCGCUUUUGGGAGUUAUGUCUCGUUACUUGCGUCGUAGAAAGCCACCACGUCCUCCACGACGUGCUCGCAAAUAUACCGGGAGACGUACCCGCAACAGCAUGCGUAGUCCCAAUGAUAUGAUUUCUAUAGCAGGCUCUAAAGCUUCUGCCCGAUCUGGCAGCCCCGUGGGUUCCACCAUUGCAUAUUCCCAGUCUGAUCGUAUGUCGAUGGCCAGUGGUUCUAUAGGUGCUGGUGCUCUUGUUUCAUCUUCUAAUCAAGGCCAACCCGGUAUAAUAACAACACAACUGACAGCCCAACAAUUGGGUGUCAUGGGCAUGGAAGCCUUAGAUACCGUUAUAAAUUUCUGGGAAGAUGCCUUAGCAGCCCACUAUUCACCAGGCGGUGUACCCGCCAUUCUCACAACCGCCGAGGAAUCGGAGUUUUGUAGGGAAAUCCAGAAUCUACUGGAUAUGGCCUACACUUUGCAGGAACAAAGUGAAUUACUGUUUCUGGAUCAGCGUUCGGUAUUGUUUCGCGACGAACCGUCCAUAGAAGAGGCCGAAGAGGAUAAUUGGCGUGCUCUAGAAGAUGUGGCCGACGACGAUAGGCAUUCACAACGUUCUAACAGUAUGAGUCGUACUGGCUCUGAUCCCAAUUUCGAUUCAGCCGAAAGUUUUGCUUCCGCCUUAGAUCAAGUGGCAGAUUUGAGGGAAUUUGAUAGUUUUGCCGAUACCGAAUAUGAAGAGUUCCCAUUGUAUCAGGCGGCUUUAAAACAACACGAAGAAUCACCCAUACCAUGUCGCACUAUACGCUGUGAGCUGGUGCAUUGUUCCAACGAAACGGAAUAUUUGGCUAAAUUGCAUUGUGUGCGUUUGGCAUUUCAAUAUUUGUUUAAGGAUCCAGCUAUUGGCCAAUGGGUCAUUGAUACCGGGCGUCAAAUCCUUACUGAUUUACUGUGUUUGGGUGAUAAAGACACCAAAGAGUUUUUGGUGGGUUAUGAGGAUUUCAUUAAUUAUUUGCAAGAACCCUCUAAUUGGAAUGAAAUACAAAAAGAAUUGGAGCAGCGCAAUGUUAAAGCCAUGACAUUCUAUGACAUCUGUCUGGAUUUCAUAAUAUUGGAUUCAUUUAGAGAUUUAGAUGCACCACCGGGAAGUGUUAUAGCAGUGGUACAAAAUCGAUUUUUAUCCAAUGGUUUUAAAGAAACAGCUCUAACCACAGCUGUAUGGUCAGUUUUGAAGGCUAAAAAACGUAUGCUUAAGUUUCCCGAUGGUUUUAUGUCACAUUUUUAUGUAAUUUCCGAACAAUUGUCCCCUUUAAUGGCUUGGGGUUUCUUUGGACCCGAUGAAAACUUGAAAGACAUUUGCCACUAUUUUAGAGAUCAAAUGUUGGGCUUCUUGGCCGACAUUUUCAGUUUCCAAAAGAGUCAUUAUACAACAUUGGAGGAAUUCUCGCAAGAUAUAUUAGAUCAUAUGAAAACUAGAGUAAAUAAUAUAAGUGUUAAAUUUAGCCAAUAGAUAAACAAAAAUUAGAGCAAGCAAGCAAACUUCCUUAUUUUUUUUGUUUUAUAAUUUUAACAACAUAUUUGAAAAACUAUUGCCAAGAGAAAUAUUCCAUUUGUUUUUGAAAAACAAAAAAAAAUCUUACAACAUUUAUGUUUAAUCCGCGUGUUCAUUAGCUAAGAGUGGCAGAGAUUUCACUAAUUGGUACUAUUAUUCGUUUACAUGCCUAUGUAUAAUUUUGUAGUUAAUUUUUUAUUUUUAAAAAUUGUCUGCAUUUAAAUGUUUAGUUCUUGUUUCAUUAUAAGGUGCCCUUAUAUACAAUUAAAUAAUUAAUAUAUUACUAAUAAAUAGCUUUACAUAAACAGAAAACACAAAUUUAUAAAUAUAGUUUUCCUAUUUUUUUUUCUUUUACUAAUUAGUUUCCUUACUUUUAUUAAUAUUUUUGAUAAUAUUGUUGACUAAUGUUGGAUAUUGAAAAAUGUAAAAUAUUUUAUAUUAAAUGCUUGAAUUUUGAACAUUUAAUAAACAUAAUAUUACUUUGAUAUUGUUAAUUUUUUAACUGCAAACAUUAAACUCGUUUAACUAGUACAAAUAAGUUGGCAAUUGUUAUUUUUUAUUAUUAUUAAUUUUAAUACGUCAUAAUUAUAUAGAAUUUGACCAGUACUUCUUUUUUAGUAUUAAGAUUUAUAACUAUUAGAAAAUUAAAGUUUUUUUAAUUAAAAUUAUUGAUUUUUUUUUCCAAAUUGUAAUUGAUUUGGUUUUUAAACAAGAACUUUAGAAAAAUACUAAGUAGAAUCUUUAUAGACUAUCUAUCUUUAAAAAAAUAUAUUAAAAUUAUCUGCAAUUAUAAUUAAAAUAUUUUGUAAAUAAAGUAUACUUUAAAGCAAAGAAGAAAA